AUGACGACCGUCGGAGACGUUGCGCAGUCCCGCCGCCGCCGCCACAGCGUCUCGCUGCACGACGUGCGCACCUCCCAUGCACCGCUGCUCCAGGUUGAGCACCCCCCGGUGAAGCUCGGAAGGACGCGCGGUGCCUCCAUACCCGUUCCCGGCGCACGCCAGUACGAGGGCUACGUGGGAAGCCGCCAUGUCGCCCUGCAACUGGCCGUCCGUGAAACGGACCGCGAGAUAUCGGCCCGCAGCUGUUUGAUUCGCGUGAUGCUGGAGGAUUCCCGGCUAACUGUGCACUAUCACAGCCAGAGCAAGCUCACCCAGCAGGAGCUGAGCGAUCUCCAGAAGGCCACCCACUUCGACAAGAAAGAGUUACAGCAGUGGUACAAGGGCUUUCUAAAGGACUGUCCCUCGGGGAUGCUCACCAAGGAGGAGUUCCAAAAGAUCUACAAACAGUUUUUCCCAUUCGGUGACCCGUCGUCGUUCGCCGACUAUGUCUUCAACGUGUUUGAUGCCGACAAAUCGGGCUCGAUCGACUUCAAGGAGUUUAUCUGCGCGCUGAGCGUCACGAGCAGAGGAAAGAUGGAGGACAAGCUGGAUUGGGCGUUCCAGCUGUACGACAUUGACGGCGACGGCAAGAUUAGCUACGACGAGAUGCUGGCGAUUGUGGAGGCUAUAUACAAGAUGGUCGGCUCCAUGGUCAAGCUCCCCGAGGACGAAGACACGCCCGAGAAGCGCGUGCGCAAGAUUUUCCGCAUGAUGGACAAGGACGAGAACGGUAGCCUGGACAUGGCCGAAUUCAAGGAGGGCUCCAAGCGCGACGAGACGAUUGUGUCGGCGCUGUCCUUGUACGAUGGGCUUGUGUGA